GCGUCAAGUUCCUGUAAGAUGUCGCCUUGAUUAACUCCCAAGCGAGAUCUCGUCUGUGGUUAACCUAUGAUAUACCCUAAACAAUGGCUAGUCGCAAACAUGCAGUUCUGAGUCUCUAUCGGGAUUUGAUCCGAGAAAGUAAGAAAUGGAAUUCAUACAAUUAUCGGAUGUACGCUUUACGCAAAAUCCGGCAUAAAUUUCAAGAAAAUAAAAUACUGACGGAUCAAAAAGAGAUUACCGAACAAUACGAGGAAGGAAAAGCAGCGCUGGAAAUGAUUAAGAGACAAGUGAUUAUCGGAAACCUUUAUACCACCAGACCAUUAAUUAUCGAAACAGUUAAAAAUAAAUCUAACUUUAUUUGAAGAAUGAAGAAACUAUUUAGACAACAUGUAUCAAUAAAAUCUAACUAAUAAAUUAUAAUCUUGCGAAAAGAUUUAGAGAAAGAAGUUGUUU